AUGGAGCCUGUGGAGCAAGCAGUGAUUUCGGAGCAGAAGAUUGGAAGGUGUCUUCAGAAAGCCAAGAUCACAUCCCUCUUCAACAGCCGAAAUGGACAGGAAAACCAGUCUCAAACGCUACAGGAUCUUUUACAGCACUCCGACAAGUCAAGAAUUAUUCAAGGCCUUCAGAAAGCCAGAAUCACAAGCAUUUUCCUUCAGGCUGGAGAACAUUCUGAGGCAUCUUUUGACAGGGACCAAAACCCCCAGCCAGAUUCAGGUUCCCUGGUUGAUUUGGAUGCUUUAGUACCUACUCAUGAUGAUCAGGGGCAGUUAUUUCCAGAAUGGAAGAGGCAAGUGAUGCUGCGCAGACUACAAGCUCACUUGGAGGAAGAAGCCAUGCAGGGAGAAUGGCGGUACUCUCACACUCAGAGCGCUGUUCUUGGGCCAUACGGUGAGUUAUUGACUGAAGAAGAGCUUCAUAUUCUUGAUGGACAAAUGGAAGGACUGCGUCGUAGAAGAGAAUGCCAGCAGUAUGAGCAGGAACUCUCACGCCAGGUGCAGCAAUUGCAAGCCAUGUUGCCUACGCCCUUGAUAAAUGUCACCCUUAAUGCUAAACUUCUUCAGAACAAAGAGGACCCAGACUGGUGUGUCUCUAUGUCUAAUGUGAUUGACAGUAUGUCCCAACUUCUCUCUUCCACCGGUGUAACACCAGAUGAUUCAUACAGAAUUGUCAAAUCUAAAUCAAAUCAAUCUCAUCCAUCUUCUCCUGUGACAGAGCUACUGCAAUGUGGGGUGUCAGUCCGAAGAUUAAAGGUCCAGUUUGAGAGACAACAUCAAACUCAUCUUCCGACUGGUAUAAAAAACAUUAUUUUGAAUAGGGAAUCAGAGGAUGCCAGUGAUUCAGGGCUAAGUUCAGAAGAAUGUUCUUCAAUCAGUGAUUCUCCUAUACCACUCCGAACACUAAGGAAAGAGAGAAUUGUGCUCUUGUUUCUAAGUCACUGGAAGAAAUCGGCAUAUUCAUUGCGUGCUGCAAUUAAAGCUACAGCAAAUUCAGAUCUCAAAGGAAUUGUGAACAACAAAUUACAUAAAAAGAUGUUGCAACUUGACCACAACCCGACUCAAUGCACUAAAGAGCCAGACUCAAAAGCAAAAGUACAUGUUGAAAGUAUUACAACAAAUAUUCAGGUUCUGAAGAGGGAUGUAAAGUUAGGAUCCCUAUCAGAGAUGUUUGAAAUAGAUAAAAAUGGAAUGCUAUCAGCAUCAAAGAACAUGGAAGAUGCUAAUAAGAUAAACCAGAAUGGAAUAGCGCCUGUAGAAGAAGGGGUGCCUUCACGUUUGGGCAGUGUGCUGGAGCAUUUACGGAAGCAAAGGACCACUGUUCAGCGUCUCAUAGGAAGUUGGAAGACAGCUCAUCAGAAUAGUUCUGAAUCUUCCAAUAAUAAUCCAUCUGCUCUUCCACCCCCUGAGCACUUGUUGUCCACCUCCUUCAGCCAGCCUUCUAAGAAUCAUGAGAGACUAACUUUAGACCUGUUCAUGUUGGGCUACUUCCGACUACUGGAGCAGGAGAUGCCAGAGGAGGAAAGACGGAUGAGACAUCUUCUCUGUUUUGAGGUUUUUGAUCAGCUGGGGCACCAUGGGUGGGAAACAGCCAAAGCUUUCCAUUCUACUGUUCUAGAAGAGAUAGCUACAGGGCGCAGAACAUGGUCUGAUGGAUUUGAGGACAUCAAAGUCCGUUUCUUUGGAUCAGGGACACAAAGGAAAGACCGAAAUAACCAGACCCGUAAUGUUUCAGAAGAUGAGGAUUUGUGUCAGUGCAUUGAGAGAAGCUUUACAUUUUGGAAGGAGAAAGAGGCCGAAAUGUUUGGAACUUAAUCACUGAAUUUCAGCAACAGACUGUCAAACUCUUUCGGUGUUUCUAAUAACACGAAUAUUUUUCUGGCCUCCAGUAUCCUUUAUUAACUUAUCUCAAUGUUACAUUCUGAAAGAAUGAAUAACUAUAUAUCUAGUGUGUUAGUUUGAAACCGCUGUGUUACAGAAAUAUAAGUUCUCAGUUUCAUGGGAGCACAGCAUAUAGUUUAUGGAAAGGCAACUGCUAUUGCAGUACCACCAUAAUAAAAGUCUUAGCUAUUUAUCUAAGGGGAACCUAGGACCCACCUAGCAGUUGAUUGGACUUGGACCUCUCAAAAACAUAAGUGUCUGAACUUUUAAAUUAAGGGGAAACCCUCUAAAUUAAUACAUUACAGGCUUUAGGAGGGAAUAAAACUGCAAUGCUGAAUAUAUCCUUCUUUUCAAAAAUGUAAAUUUUUUCCACUUUCUGUAAUAUUUUCAGUUAAAAUGCCUUGGGGCAGACUUGGUUUAAAGUUCAUGUGCAUGAAUAAAAACUAUUAC